UACAAAAAGCUAAGAAGCAAAAAACAAUAUUUCAUCAUAUUGAAUAUAUCUCUUUCUCUCUCUCUCUCUCUCUAUGCUAACUAGCAACUCUUUCUUGUUUGGUGCUCCUUCUAAUUAUUCUGAUCCAUUUUCUUCCCCAGAAAAUGGUUUUAUUAUCAAAAGAAAAAGAAGACCUGCUGGUACUCCAGAUCCCGAUGCACAAGUUGUAUAUCUUACAGCUGAGAUGUUAAUGGAAUCUGAUCGUUACGUUUGUGAAAUCUGCAACCUUAGCUUUCAAAGAGAGCAAAAUCUACAAAUGCAUCGUCGUCGCCAUAAGGUUCCAUGGAAGUUGAAGAAGAAGGAAGAAGAGAAAAAUGAGAUGGAUCAAGUUAUUAAGAAGAGAGUAUAUGUGUGUCCAGAGCCAAGUUGUGUGCACCAUGAUCCAUGUCAUGCAUUAGGUGAUCUUGUUGGAAUCAAAAAACAUUUUAGAAGAAAACGUAGCAAUUACAAACAAUGGAUUUGUCAAAAAUGCAACAAAGGUUAUGCUGUUCAAUCAGAUUAUAAAGCUCACAUCAAAACUUGUGGUACUAGAGGCCAUUCUUGUGAUUGUGGAAGAGUUUUCUCUAGAGUUGAAACAUUUAUUGAGCAUCAAGAUUCAUGCAAACCACAAAGUACAACUACUAAAGAAUGUCAUGAUAUGCAAAUACCAAAACCAAUUUUCUUGCCUACUACUACAACUCAUAUCCCACCACAUGAUCAAUAUUCAAAAAUAUUGCCUAAUCUUGAUCUUGAGCUUUUCACUUCUCCAAAUUAUUUCAACCAAAACACACACAAUUUUUCAUCAUUUGUUGAUCAAAGUGAUCAUCAUCAUCAUAAUAAUAAUUACAUAGUCCAAAACAAUGAUAUUGAAGUCAAAGAAAUUAUUGAAGAGGCAACAACACAAGUAACAAGAUUGAAAAGUGAAGCAAAUGAAAUACUCAAAAUAGCAAUGGAAGAAAAGGCAAUGGCUAUAGAGAAGAGACAAGAAGCAAAGUGUUUGAUUGAAUUAGCCAACCUUGAAAUGGCAAAAGCAAUGGAAAUUAGACAAAGUGUUUGUGCUUCAUCAUCAUCAUCAUCACAUGUCAUGAAGAUAAUAAAAUGUAGUUCUUGUAAUAAUAAACAAUUUCAAAGUGUGUCAUCAUCAAAAGAUGCUACUUUGACUAAUAAUUAUUAUUUGUCAUCUUCUAUUUAUAGAAGAUGAUGAAAAAUAUUUAGUAGCUUUUUUUUUCUUUUAACAAGUUUAGUUGAAAUAAUUAGUUUUUGGUGGUUAUGAUGAAAAAUGCUAGUUAAGUUUUUGAUUUUUUAUAUGAGUGAACAAUGUAAACUAUGUUUUAUUGUAAGACUUUAGUUGAAUAAAGUUGGUUUUUAUCAUUUUAA